CCAUAGAGAGUGUUUCGCAGCCGAGCCGACGAUUUCCAGCAUUUUCCAACUACAAUCCUAACAUGGGUCAACAAACACCAAGAGCAGGAGCUGUUGCUGCACCGGGCGCAACAGGAGAUCAUCAAUCAGGAGCAAGAAGAAAGAUCUUUGAGCCAGCUGAUGCCGAUUCCGAGUUGACUAAAUCCAUCCUCAUCCAGAAGAACCAAAAGCUGGAGGAAGAGAUGCUGUGCCCGGUCUGUAUCGACCAAAAGAGGGAGUUUGUCUUCAUGUGCGGACAUUCGCUAUGUGAAGUUUGCACCAGUUCCAUCGACGAUUGUCCUAUGUGUAGACAACCCAUCCUCAAGAAAAUUAAGAUGUAUUAACAAAAGAGGGAGUUUGUCUUCAUGUGCGGACAUUCGCUGUGUGAAGAUUGCACCUGUUGCAUCGAGGAUUGUCCUAUAUGUAGACAACCCAUCCUCAAGAAAAUUAAGAUGUAUUUACAAAAGAGGGAGUUUGUCUUCAUGUGCGGACAUUCGCUGUGUGUAGAUUGCUCCUGUUGCAUCGAGGAUUGUCCUAUGUGUAGACAACCCAUCCUCAAGAAAAUUAAGAUGUAUUAAUGGAUUUAGGAUAUAUGCUUCAGUGACAUUUGCUCCUACUCUAACCAAAAUUCUUAAAUUCAAGCCUGGACCAAACGCUAUACCAUACCCUAACCCUAUGUCUUUGACGAAAUAAAGACGAGAGUUUUGAGCCGGAGAAAAUGUUGGAGCACCUUGGUGGUUGGUCAUCCUUGGCUGCACAAGUGUAUUUGAAGGAAGGAGGGGCUAGGGGGGCAAUUUCUCUCCUCCCCCCCUUCCCUGAAGAAUUGUCAACCAUAAGGAAAGAUUUUUCUGCACAAAGUACGACAAUACUCUUUUAGAGGGAUGUACUACAAUGGAAGAAGAAGAAGAUUAUACAUGCAAAUGACUUUGUAAUUGCUAUGAAGAAAUCAGUACAAGACGAAUUAUAUUCAAGUUGCUCUGAAAGCAUGAUUAAGUUGUGGAUGAUGUGUAAGAAGAGAAAUGUUCUUGCUCAGUCGCAAUGUGGACUUUCAAAACUGCGUUAAGCAGAGAGCAAGCGUAUUCCUUGUCUGUAACAUGUGAUGGUAACUAAUACUAAUGAUUACUGAUUAUAUGUAACUUUUAUGGUGAUGAUAAUCUAGAAUUUGAAUUCCAAGGCACCUAAGGAAAGAUUAAGAUGAAAUUAGAGCUCCAAAUAAUGCAUCACCUAUGUGUUCAGCACUGAUAUAGAAAGAAAGACAAGUAUUUAUCUUAGAUUUGAAAUUUUCUAAGGAAGUAAGAAUGUAGUUCUACUGUCAAACCUGCUUUAGCGACUUCCUGUAUAGAAAGA